GGGCGGCGGCGCGCGGAAGCAUGUCCGCGGCGGAGCCCGGCGCGUCCCCGCAGAAGGCGCCCCUGUGCCCCUGGGCGGCGCUGCGUGCGGGCGGCCUGCUCGCCUGCUGCGUGCCGUGCCCGCCGGAUGGCACCUGCUCCGCCCGGGCGCGCGGCAGCGGCGCCGACGCGGACGGCGCCGCCGGCCGCUGCGGAGGCGCCGGCGGGUCCUCUGCCUCGGGCGGGCGGCGGCACGGCAGGUUUGCCGAGGACGAAGACCACGCCCUGGCGUUGGCCCUGUCCACCGAGGAGGACCUGGUGUCCGACUACGUGCCCGUGGGCUUCCGCGGGCCGCCGGCCGCCGCCGCCUCCGCCCGGGCGCGCCUUUGCGGGCCCUGG